GCCUCCUCUGUUCGGUUCUGCUCUGCUUCACCUUCACUAGAUAGAAACCAGGUGCGUCCUUUAGCUAGCACAUACCGAGAACUGCUCUGUUAGAUCGGCAGUCGGCCAUGGUGGGGAUCCCACUGGUGAAAUGCGCUAAUGCGGCGGCGGGGGCGGUGCCGACUGUCGACCUGUCGGCGCCGGGCGCGGCGGCGGCCGUGGAGCAGGCAUGCCGCAGCGUGGGCUUCUUCAGGGCGAUCAAUCACGACGUGCCGAUCGCGCUCACAGACGCGCUGGAGGCCGGCGCCGCGGCCUUCUUCGCGCUGCCCCACAAGAGCAAGCUGGAGGCGUCGGCGAGCCCCUUGGGCUACGGCAGCAAGAGCAUCGGCCGCAACGGCGACGUGGGCUGGCUCGAGUACAUCCUUCUCUCCGUCGGGUCCGGCUCCGUCGCCGCCGCCUCCCUGCCGCCGUCGCUCCGGGCGGCGCUGGAGGAGUACACGGACGCGGUCAUCUCCCUUCUCCGGUCCAACCGCACCGGGGGCCUCCAGAUCAUGCUCCCGGACGGCCGCUGGGUCUCCGUGCCCCCCGACCCGGAUUCCCUAUUCGUCAACGUUGGCGACUCCCUGCAGGUGCUGACCAACGGGCGGUUCCAGAGCGUCAAGCACCGGGUGGUGCCGCCGGCGGAGGGGGAGCAGUCGCGGCUGUCGGUGAUCUACUUCGGUGGGCCGGCACCGACGCAGCGGAUCGCGCCGCUGCCGGAGCUGAUGCGGGAAGGGGAGCUGAGCCUCUACAGGGACUUCACCUGGGCCGAGUACAAGAAGGCCGCCUACAAGUCCCGCCUCAGCGACCACCGCCUCGGCCCCUUCGAGCUCUUCCCCGCCGCCGCCCAAGACUGCUGCAGCAACGCCGUCCAGCCGCCGGUGCCGGCGCGGGCGCCACCUCACGUGGCACGAGUGCACUAG